UGGACCUCACAAAUGAGAAGUUGGACAAAAAUGGUGAAUAUCUAAUGGUUAAAUUAGUUGAUGAUGUAGGACAAAGUUUAGCAGAUGUUAGGAAUUUAAGUAAAAGAAAACAAAAUUAUAUGAUAAAUGAAUGCCCUAAUAAAAAGGAAAGGACUCAAAAAGUACUAGAAGUAAAGUAUGAUAAACAAGCAUUGCCACUAGGUCAAAAGAGAAGGAGUAAAGAAACUGUAACUAAAUAUACUAUUAUUAGAUCUGACUAG